AUGCCCAGCAAACCUGUGCCCAAUGGAGGAGCUAAAGCGCCACCACCAAGAUCUCCUUCGAAGUCUACUACACGGGUUCCUCCUACGAAACUAUCGACACCUGUGAAAGCCCCUUCAGCGUCUCAACCCACCCCACUGCCAGUUGGAGACGAGAAUGCCACUGAAAGCCUUGGCCCGGAUGCUAAUGCUGUCCCAACCCCAGGAGUCAAAUCAAUACCAGAAAAUUUGGAAACGGAUAGCGCGGGUCCGUCGACCACAGUGGAAGAUCUACCAGCUUCAGUUGUUGAGCAAGCUCCAAAUGAUGUUGCUGCUGUAGAAGAUGCUGCUGCUGCUGAGGAGGCCGAGCGUAUACGAAAGUUAAACGGCAAUGGAAUGGUGAAGCUGAUCUACGAAAGCUACGAUGAACUAUUCCCGAUCGAAGAUGGAUCAACCACUCAAGCUAACAUCGACGAAAUCUACUGUCUAUCGUUUGUGAUGCCCAAUUGCCUUGUGCGCCUUUCACGACAUCCAAAUCCUGAGCGAUUCCAGCGAGAGGAGAGCGGAAUCUUCGACAGUCUCGUCCGUGAAGAUCCGCGAGGAACCUACCACGAUUUGGAGAAAGAUCAGACAUAUUAUGUCAUCAUAGAGCAGGAAGCAGAUCAAUUGCGUCGCGACCAGGAGGCCACGAAGGCGCUUUGGGACGGAGAGCUCCAGAAGCAGAAGAAGGCAGAUAAAGACGAUGGACGCGGUUUCGAGUCCUGUUCGUGCAUUUACGGCAAUCCAUGUGUAGACGAAUAUGGAUGUCGUGAUUGGCAUUCUCGGUUUGCGAUAGCUACGAAAAAUGGAUGGAAGGGAUUCUAG